AAAACUGCUGCUUCCGCACUGCUUCCUUGUUUAUUAGUUUUAGGGAAAGUAGUGCCUCUAGAAGAGAAAAGUUUUAUUUUUUUCUUUCCUCUGGAAGCUGCCACAACUCCUCCACAGGACUUUCGGAUCCACACCUUCUUCCAGCGAGAAGUUCACAGCUUCAUCAAACCCAAGGGUUUAGUCUGAAUGGCCACAGCUGCAGAGGAGCCUCCAGGGCUGCAGGGCCACACUGCCAACCUGCAGAGUCAGAUCUGGAGGAGACUGUCUUCUCUUCGAGAUUCGACCGGGCCUCGAAAAAAUGCUGCUGCGGAGAGUUCAAGUCCACACAUGUCUCAGGCCAUGAAAAGAACUAUCGGCCAUCGUGGAAUCGAUCCCACUGGAGAGACGACGUACAAGAAGACAACAUCCUCGGCUCUGAAAGAUGCUAUCCAGUUAGGCAUCACGCACACGGUUGGUAGUUUAAGUCAGAAACCAGAGAGAGACGUGCUGCUGCAGGACUUUGAGGUGGUUGAAAGCAUCUUCUUUCCCUGUGAGGGCAGUAACCUGACACCUGCUCACCAUUAUGGAGACUUCAGGUUCAAAACAUACGCCCCAAUCGCCUUUCGCUACUUCAGAGAGAUGUUUGGCAUCCGCCCUGAUGACUACAUGUAUUCUCUGUGCAACGAGUCGCUGAUCGAGCUGUCCAACUCUGGAGCCAGUGGGUCUCUCUUCUACGUCUCCAGCGAUGACGAGUACAUCAUUAAGACAGUUCAGCACAAAGAGGCAGAAUUUCUACAGAAACUUCUGCCGGGAUACUUCAUGAACCUGAACCAGAACAAGCGGACCUUACUGCCAAAGUUCUACGGGCUCUACUGCGUCCAGGCAGGCGGGAAGAACAUCCGCAUUGCAGUCAUGAACAAUUUGCUACCGAGCGCCGUGCGAAUGCACCUCAAGUACGAUCUAAAGGGUUCCACCUACAAGCGGAGGGCCUCGGCUAAAGAGAGAGAAAAGACUGUUCCCACGUACAAGGACCUGGACUUCAUGCAGGACAUGCCGGACGGUCUGUUACUGGAGGGGGACAAGUUCACUGCUGUUUGCAAGACCAUCCACAGAGACUGUCUGCUCUUGCAGAGUUUCAAGAUUAUGGACUACAGCCUUCUGGUUGGGAUUCAUAAUGUAGAUCAGGCCUGUCAAGAGCAGGCGAGCGAAGAGGCGGUGGCCGGAGCCAUGGACCAAAGGAGGCCGCAGGGCCAGAAGUCCCUGUACAGCACAGCUAUAGAGGCCAUUCAGGCCGAGACAGGAAACAUGGGACCACUGGACACAGAGGACAAAACGGGAGGAAUCCCUGCACGAAACUCAAAAGGCGAGAGGCUGCUGGUUUACAUUGGGAUCAUCGACAUUCUGCAGUCCUAUAGAUUAGUAAAGAAGCUUGAACACUCCUGGAAAGCUCUGGUUCACGAUGGGGACACCGUAUCAGUACACAGACCAAGUUUCUAUGCGGAACGAUUUCAGAAAUUCAUGUGCAGUACAGUCUUCAGAAAGGUGUCAUCUAAAGCCUCCCCGGGUAAGAAACGCCGUGCAGUGACUCAUGGUCCGACGAGGAGACCGGGUGGACCUCCUCUGUCGACCCAAAUCAGCAGCACCAGCAACCCGCUGCCGUUACUCCAACACCAGAUCAGCUCAGACACCAGAGAGGACACUGAAGGAGACAACGUCAUACAGUCAGGACGUCCUGACCUCCUCCCAAAGACUUUGCUGCCCGGUGACGCUGCUGGCAACGCUUCUGAAACCGCCGUAUCCUCCUCCUCGGGAAACCCUGGAUUUGCUCCCUCAGGUCAGCCUCAGCCUCCCUCUCAGGAUUCCUCCAGAUCAGUGGAAGUGGCUCUGAACAACUCACUGAGCAAAGACCAGGAGCACAGCACCCCCAAGAGAGCUCAGUUUGGGACUCUUGAAGAAAGCGUCGGUGGUGCAGAUACGAUCUCACUCAGUGAUAUAAUUCCUACCGCAGGCAAAUGUGCAGUGUAGAUGUGGGGGGAAAAGCCUGAACUCAAACUCACCAAAACAAACCUGGAGGAUGAUCUGAACUCGGCUAAAAUGUUUCCACCACCUUGGUGUGAUUUGAGGUACCAGAAUUAAAAGAAUUAUGCAGCAACACCAUUGGGAUUUUUAUUCGAUGAUUUUUUUUUUCUUGUUUUUUUGCACUUUAUUUUCCAAAUCUCAACAUGGUCUAAGCGUGGAAGCAGGUGGUUGUGUUCUGACACUAGUAAUUGCGGGUACAUUAGUCCUGUGGUCAGUGAACACUAGUAUUCAUCUCAUAGGUAUGCCCAUAUUCAUAAUCAGACGUUGUUUUUGUCACUGAACUGUGCUCAGUUAAGUCAGCGUUCAGUGUAACGAGAAGUCUUAAUUGAGAACAGGUAUUCUUAAUUUAGGCUUAGUUAUUUCAAAUUUAUUGUCCUUUUUGGAAUUAAUUCCUCUUUUGUCCUUUUGCAAACUUCUCUUUCUAAGUUUCUGUCCCACCACCCAGAUGCCUUGAGUCUACUGUUUCUGCUUUAUGUUUCAACGCUUUAACACAAAACCGUAUUAUACUGAGUGGGUUUUAAAUAAAAUGUUUUCUUUUUAAAGAAAUUACUGUAUCGUUAUGUGGUAAGCUCCUUUCUCAAGCUUACUUUGAUGCAGAUAAUGCUGGAAAAACACUUUUUAUUUGACCAAAUGUUCUACUGUGAAUUCUGUGUCACCACUAAAGCAGUGGUCAAAGGAGGUUGUUUUUUUUAUACUAUGUUUCAUGUGGUCUGAUAUCAGUUUCAGGUUUAGCAUGUAGACCAGCUUUUGAUCCAAUAUGACUGAUACUGAUGCUUAGAUGGCUGUUGACAAACGUCGGCAGCAAAUGGUUACCUGGGGCCUGUCUCAGGAAGCAACACUGGAGUGGAUUGUUGUAUAUUAACUAAAGCCACUGGCCAAACCUAGAAACAGCAGCUCACAAAUGAAAAUAUGGAAAAAUACCCCAGAAAUACAGGAACCACCUCCUCACUAAUCAAGCACCAAAAGGCAUGUCGUAACAUUAUUACAAACUGGUACAAUCACGUUGUUCUCAUUCUAGUUUAGGAUGUUUAAAAUGGUGUUAUAGUGGUGAAGCAGCAGAGAGUGUUUGCAGUUUUAUGUAGCGCCCCACUCUAGCUAAAAAUAGCAGCACUACUAAGCUGCUAAGUUUACUGCUGCAUGUAAAGUGCGCUGCUUUGUUUCCCUGAAGAACAAUAGGUGUAUUAUUUACAUGUAGGAGUACACGGGUCUAGUUUAAGGUUCCUGCAGUAAUGCCUAACGUUCUGAUGGCUGAAAUGUUCAGUUUCUAUUGAAGCUGUUUAUAGCAGGGGUGUCAAAUUCAUUUUAGUCCAGGCCAAUUUGAUCAGACCAAUAAAAUCGCAGCAUAAUAACCCACAAAUAAUGAUAGCUUUUUCCUUUGUUUUAGUGCAAAAAAGUACGUUCUGAAAAUGUUCACCUUUAAGGAAUUAUCUUUUUACAAAACAUCAUGAACAACCUAAAAUUUGUUAAGAAAAAAAAAAGUGAAAUUUCAACAAUAUUAAGCCUCAGUUUAUCAUUUGUGUAUCACAACUUCCAGAUCACUGAGUGUCUACAAAGACACAAAACAUUUAGUCACAGGUGUCUGGAACUGAACCAUGUGGUAUUAGACUUUAUGUUCAAACGACAAAUAAACGUAAAAGAAAAAAAACAACUAAAUAUCACAAAUACGACACACAAAGUGGCAAAAAAAUAGACAACACAAGCGAGACAGAAAAAUACACAAAAUGACAAAGAUGACGAGACAAAAAUGAGAAACAAAAGGAAAAAAACAUGAGACUAACAACAAAAAUCAGUCCAGAAAAUCAAGACAAAAUAUUACAAAAACGAGAAAAGAACAAUGAACAAUCUAGUAUUUAACUUUCUGAUCAAAACAACUUGUCAUGGUCUUGAAAUUAUUUUAAAUUUAUAGCUUUAUUAAUUAAUAAUCUCCAGCUAAUGUCUUCUCUGGAGUUUUUACACUUUGAGGGCCAAACUGGACCCUCUGGAGGAGCCGGUUUUGGACCAGCAGCUGCAUGUUGGACACCCCUGGUUUAAAGAGUUAUAAAUUCAACUGAUAGUUUGGAGGCAGUUAUAUUUUUUUAUACAGACAAGUGUUGGUAUUAUUUUGUCCACCCCAUCUAUAUCAGUGAGGCUCAAUAGAACUGUAACUGUAUGUUUAAAAGAAAGACAGCAGAGACCAGGCUCCAUUAAUGUCAUCCAGACAUGCAGAUACAAACAUGCUGAUGUGCCCCUUCAGUGGUUUAGACACAGCGCCCCCUAGCAGCCAGUCUGUGCUAAGGCAACAACCAAGGUGUACACAUGUUAGCUAGAUUAUGCAAAAAUUAAAAAAAAAAAAGCUCAGGAGUCUUAGUGGAGCAUUCACAAUGGAAGAACCCUUUAUAUUUUGAUGUGACUCUGGAUCAGUUUUCUUUAAAACUGCACAAUAGGGCACAGGACUUUGCUCUCCAAGUGCCUUUCUAAUUGAUGUUUUGUAGAUAGUAUGUGUAUAUUUGCGUGUAUGUCGGCCUUGUUAUAUUUUACAUUUAUCUCCACUAAAUGUUUUAUAAACUGCAACGUGUCUCACAGGAUAGAUUAGAAGGACUUGCAUGUCCUCUGUUGUCCUACUUACUAAAUACUGGGGUAGGAUGUGUUGGAAAUAAGAAAUGUAGGUUUGUAGGAUUUCACUGCUUAAAAUCUGAGCAAUAAACUUGGAUGGUACCACAUUUUCUUAAAGUAUUUUAGACGCACUUUUCCACUGUUUGCUGCUAUGUGUAAACUCACUAUGAACAAGAUUCCAACCUAAUAUAAAAGCUGAUGAUGUUCUGCUUUUAGCAUUUCUUAUUUUUGCGUUACCAUUCUUGCUUUUUGUUUGUGUAUUCCCUAAGCAUUACUCAUACAAUUACUCACAGAACUCAUCAGUUAUAUCAAUUAUAAUCCUAAUCUGACCUUUGUUGCCUCAGUUCCUCACAUGAAUAUGCAUUUUCUGCCUGUGUCUUAUUACAUUCUGUUGUUGAUUUGCUCAUGUUGCAUGUGUAAUUACAGACAUUGCCUCAUAACUAGGCCAGUAAACUAACAGAGCCAGUUGUGUAAAGUUUUGUAGGAUGAGUUUUCCUGAACUGCCAGUGUUCGGUGUAGUGAGGCUGAUAACCUACGGAGAGAUUUUUGAGACAGGCCCCGACUUAUUUUUGACUGGGAAACAUGGUGAUGGCUGCUUGGUGUGUGAAAGUGAACAAGACAAAGCAGUUUGUUUGCUUUCUGAUGUUGUGGUUGGGUCACAGUAAAUUGUUACAGAGUUGUUUGAUAUUUGAAAAUGCAGAAAUUAGAACAUUAUAAAGCCUGUAAUUUAAAAUAUGUCUCAACUAUGCAACAUAAUUCUUUGUUUACUGCAUAUAAAUAAUAAACUGUGCAAUAUAUGUACUUAUUUGACAAUUCUCCAACCAAAAUGGAUUAUUUGGACACUUUAUAUGACCAGUAAUUGAUAUGUACAGAUCAUUUUGGCUGUUAUCUGUCCCAUGAUGCUCUGUUCCAACACUGAAAAUGAAACUGUGCCUUAUUGUGAAAACACCAAAACACACGCAGCCGAUGAACCAAACGUGUACAUAGUCAUAUUUAUUAUUGUAUUUAUUGCUGUAUGUAUAGCUCUGGUUUCCAAAAUGUUUCUUAAUGGUGAUGAUGGAUUGAAAGCACACCUGUACCUGUGGUAAAUGACUGUUGAAAGGUAAAGACUUUGUUUUCUGUCGUUUUGAUUAUUAUGUUUAUUAUAACAACUCAAAUCAUCCUGUUUUUUCCCCUAUAAUUUGUCUUUACUUGCCUUUGAAUGGUGUAAAUGUUUACACAUCUAUGUAUAUGCAAGAAUCACAAUAUGAAUUUACACAUUAUUUUCUGUCUUGCUCUUUUGGGGAAGGUUUUGUACACUUUUACCUGAAAUUAUUAAAGAGGAAAAGACACUG